UCGGAGGAGUUGCACUGAUGGCACCGCUCGCCGCUGGGGCAGGAGGAGGAUGCAAUGGAGCGACUGCGAGUGCUGGAGCUCUACAGCGGCAUCGGGGGGAUGCACCAGGCGCUGCAAGCAAGUGGUGUACCUGCAGAUGUCGUUGUAGCUGUUGAUGUGAAUACAGUGGCAAAUGAAGUUUACAAGCACAACUUUCCCACCACCCCACUGUGGCCCAAGACAAUUGAGGGCAUAUCACUGAAGGAGUUCGACAGAUUAUCGUUUGAUAUGAUUUUGAUGAGCCCUCCCUGUCAGCCUUUUACAAGAACUGGUCGACAGGGUGAUACUUCUGAUCCCAGGACUCAAAGUUUCCUCUAUAUUCUUAAUAUACUUCCAAGGCUUACAAGACGACCGAAAUAUAUACUCUUAGAAAACGUCAAAGGCUUUGAAACAUCAACGGCCAGAGAUGAACUCAUACAAACACUAAGAAAGUGUGGAUUUACUUAUCAAGAAUUUCUUUUGUCUCCAACUUGUCUUGGCAUUCCAAACUCCAGGCUGCGGUACUUCUUGAUUGCGCGGCUUCAGUCAGAGCCCUUUCCCUUUCAAGUACCGGACAAGAUUCUGACUGUUUUCCCAAGCUUGGAACUAAUGACUUCAGAGAUAUCCAGGGAUGCUACUGGGCUGGAAGCAGGUGGAUUGCCAGUCCCUACAAAAGGCGCAGCCUCUAGUGUCAAAGAUAACAGACAGCAGUGCCGGCAGAAGGAGGACUUCCUCUUUAAGCUUGAAACAACUGAAGAGCUAGAAAAGAAGAAGCAAAGGGACAAUGAUGUGUCUGUGCAAAUGCUAAAAGAUUUCCUCGAGGAAGAUGGAGAAGGACUGAGUCAAUAUUUCCUACCACCAAAGUCCUUAUUGCGUUAUGCUUUCCUUCUAGACAUUGUGACACCCACUUGCAGGAGAUCUACGUGCUUCACAAAAGGGUAUGGACACUAUAUAGAAGGAACUGGCUCAGUGUUGCAGACAGCAGAGGAUAUUCAGCUUGAAUCAGUAUUUAAAUCCUUUGAGAAUUUGUCUGAAGAAGAGAAGCUUAAGAAGCUGUCAACCCUUAAGCUGCGGUACUUUACUCCAAGAGAAAUAGCAAAUCUUCAUGGAUUUCCUCCUGAAUUUGAUUUUCCUGGCAAUGUAACCAUGAAACAGCAUUACCGUCUGCUGGGGAACAGUCUCAAUGUACACGUCGUUGCAAAAUUAAUCUCAAUUUUGGUUAGAGAACACUGAAAUGCUACAUAGCCAGGAGGCUACCCAGUGAGAUAUCUCCUAUGGAUUUCUUAAGUGGAGUAAAACUGAUCAC